GAAACAUUAAAGCUGAUUAAAGCUCCGAUCACAUGUGUACAUGUUAUCUAGGUGCCUAAGAAACUACUUUUUGAGGUGCAUUUUGUUGUAGCACAUGUCGAGACGAAGAUCGUAUUGCAUUGAUACGAGAUUUAUACAAUUUGUAAUCAAUAAAGUGUCAGAAUGUUAUUAAGAAGGAUAAAUAGUUUACUACAAAUUUCUGUUCCUGCUCAAAGGGUCAGUAGUCGAUAUUUAAAUUUUGUACCAGUCGUAGUAGAACAAAGCGGAAGAGGUGAACGAGCAUACGAUAUUUACUCUCGUCUCUUAAAAGAACGGAUUAUUUGCCUAAUGGGACCGAUCACAGAUGCUGUGUCUUCUGUUGUAAUAGCUCAACUACUGUUUCUUCAAUCGGAAAGUAGUAAAAACCCAAUUCAUAUGUACAUUAAUUCACCUGGAGGCAGCGUAACAGCUGGUCUUGGUAUAUAUGAUACCAUGCAAUAUGUUCUUCCUCCUGUUGCAACAUGGUGUGUAGGGCAAGCAUGUUCCAUGGCAAGUUUAUUGCUGGCUUCAGGAGCAAAAGGCAUGCGUCAUUCCUUACCUAAUGCAAGAAUUAUGAUACAUCAGCCUUCAGGAGGAGUAUCUGGUCAAGCUACAGACAUACAAAUACAGGCCCUAGAAAUUCUGAAACUUAAAAAGCAAAUAAACAAUUUAUAUGUCAAGCAUACAGGAAUGGAGUUGGAGAAGAUAGAAAGUUCUAUGGAAAGGGAUAAUUUUAUGGGUCCUGCUCAAGCAAAAGAAUUUGGAAUAAUUGACAAGAUAUUAGCACAUCCUAUGCAGGAAGAAGAAGUUCAAGCAACAAAUUUGGCAGAAACAAAAACUCUUGAAGCUACUACACAAGCUUAAUGUUAGGAUUGAGAAAAAGAGUCUUAUUUAAAAUUACGAAAUUUUAUUAAAACAUAUAUUUAUCAAUAUUUAAAGAUAGUAAUAAAAUAUUUUUAAAACAAUUACAAUCUAUAUCAUAUGUAUAUGUAACUGCACUACAGUACAGCCAUUGUGCCCACAUUUUGUGAACAUUAUGCACAUAUAAAAUAUGGAAUGGUGACUUAUAUGCAACAA